GCCUCGCCGGCGCGCGCAAAAACCCUAACCCUCCGCGCCUCCGCCUCCAUCUCCGCCGCGCGACGGCAACCACCCGCGAGGAGCACAAAGGCCGGAGUCGAGAUGGAGAGAAAAAAGAGCCGGCGCCUCUCCGGCAGCCGCCACCUCCGGCAGCGGCUGGUGCUGGCGACGCUCACCUCCACCACCAUCACCAUCGAGGACAUUCGCUCCGGGGACGCCGCGCCGGGGCUCCGCCCUCACGAGGUCUCCCUCCUCCACCUCCUCGAAAAGAUCUCCGACCGCCAUGAUAUCGACAUCAACGAGACAGGAACAAAGGUGAGGUACCACCCGGGGAAGAUUCUCGGGGGGAAGGGCCUUGAGCACGACUGCGGGGUGCACCGGGGGAUCGGCUACUUCCUCGAGCCGCUCAUACUGCUCGGCCUCUUCGCAAGGGUGCCCAUAUCGAUUCGGCUCAAAGGAAUCACUAAUGAUACAAAGGACCCUUCUGUGGAUACUUUCCGGAUGACAACCUUGCAUAUGCUCAAGCAUUUUGGUGUUCCUCUGGAGGGUUUGGAGCUAAGGAUUGAUAGCCGAGGAUCUCCUCCUCUUGGUGGUGGUGAAGUGUUUCUCCGGGUUCCCAAUAUAAAUGGCACAUUGACGGCAGCAAACUGGGUUGAUGAAGGUAUGGUGAAGAGGAUAAGGGGUGUUUCAUUCUCUACCAGAGUAUCUCCACAGAUUGAAAACCGCAUUAUUUAUGCUGCGCGUGGAAUCUUCAAUCGCUUCAUUCCUGAUGUUCAUAUAUUCACUGAUCAUAGAUCUGGUUCUGCUGGUGGGAGGUCACCAGGCUAUGGUGUAUCAUUAGUUGCUGAGACCACCACAGGCUGCCUGCUCUCUGUAGAUGCCACUGUGAGUUAUCCUAGUGUUGACGAAAUGAAUGAAGAAUCUGAGAAGCCAGAGCUAAUGUCUCCGGAGGAUCUUGGUGUCCAAGCAGCAUCAAUGCUACUAGAAGAGGUGGCUCAAGGAGGGGUUGUUGACUCUACACAUCAGGGCCUCCUAUUUAUACUGUGUGCUUUGUGCCCACCUGAUGUAUCAAAGGUUCGUGUUGGACAGUUGACACCAUAUGGUAUUGAAACGCUUCGAAACAUCAGAGAUUUUCUUGGUGUCAAGUUUGUUAUCAGUCCUGAUCCCAAUUCGGAGACCGUUAUUCUAAAAUGUGUCGGAGCGGGAGUGACGAAUCUUUCCCGGAAGAUUCAAUAAGCAACAGCAUCAUGAAUCUCAUCAAAGAUUGAGGAUGCAGCAAGAGGUUACUAUGAGACUCUGUGUAACUGCAAAACAGUAAUGAGUUAUCCUAGCUUCUGCUGAAUUUUUCGAGGUGCAUGAUAGGUCUUGCUCUCUGAUGUAAUUUUGAUCUGAGCUGGUGGUGCUAGAAUGGAUUUGUCUGAUCAUAAUUCCUGUACGCUCAACACAUUUCUGUAUCACAUUGUUUUAGUCCAGUAACCGUUUCAGUUUCUAUUUGCUGAGACAUGCUGACAAAUACGAAUGAAAGAGAUGCAAACGCCCGGAGGCAACAUGUUGGUAUUA